AUGGAACAAAUUAAACGAUCACAAAAUAAUAUUGAUAAUGAUUAUCAUGAUAUAGUACAGAUCGAAAUGUACUGUUUAACAAAAAUGUUCAUUACUGCUUUUGAAGAUCUGUCUAAUGAACUUUUCUACAAAAUAUUUGAAUUUCUUGAUUCUUAUCAUGUGUUUGAAGCUUUUCAUGAUCUCAAUAAACGAUUUCAAAAUCUUCUUGUUAAUUCAAAUCUUCCAAUUAAAAUCAAUAUUUCAUCUAUAUCAAAAUAUAGAUUUCGACGUUAUUUGACACAUUUUAUCAUACCUCACACUAAUCAAAUUAAAUCAUUAAGACUAUUCAAUCCAUUUGCUGCUGAUAUAAGUUUAUUACUAUUUCCAAUAAUGACAAAUUUAACUCGACUUGAGUCAUUAACUAUAAAUAAUAUUGAAUAUAAUUAUAUUGAAGAAAUUAUAAAUCAUUUAUCUUCUUUACCUCAAAAAAAAAUUGGAUCAUAUGAUCUUGACACUAAAGACAAUCCAGUUCAUCAUGUUUGUAUUCAUAGUACAAAUGUAAUGGAAAAAUUCGUGGGUAAUUUUCGAAAUGUUACUGAACUUACUCUCUUCGAUACAUUUGAUGUAUCCUGCGAUUCAAUUGUAAGAGGUCUUAAUCGUAUUAUUCCUUUGAAACAACUUUCUACAUUAUCCCUUGAUUGUCAUCGUUUUCCUUUCGAUCAAGUAAUCGAACUACUUAAUUCUAUAUUAUUUUAUCGAGCAGAUUCUACUUCAAUUCAACAAAAUAAAAUAUUUCAAAUUGUAUCCAUUACAAAUACUAUUUAA